UUAGAUGAUGUAAUAUACGCUGGAAAAUACGAAGUCUCAAUUAAAAAUCUAUUAAGCAAAGAUCGAAGAUUCUUUAGCUUAGCUGUGGAAGGUCCACCUGAACAAAUCACGGAUAAACCAAGUGUAAACUUCAACGCUGGUGAAAUCACGAUCGUUUGGCGUUCACCACUGUACAAUGGAGGUUGCAUCGUGAUCGGAUAUAUUGUGGAAGCAAAACGUGCUAGUGAAAACACGUGGACAGUAAUCAUCGAGUCUAGUCAUUCGCUGAAUCACACAGUAGCCACAAUUGGAAGGAAUUCCGUGAUACCGGAUGAAAAUUAUUAUUUCCGUAUCCGAGCUAAAAAUAUCUACGAACACAGUGAUCCUGGCAUGAAGUCUGAUCUUGUUAGAAUUCCAAAACAAGAAGAAGCAAUGCUUCAAGAAGAAAAAGACGAAUUUGAGCCAAGCUUUGAAGCUCGUUUGGUAGUACCGGAAGAGGGCAAACUUUUUGGCGAAAAAUACGACGUUCUCGAAGAACUAGGAAAAGGCCGAUAUGGUGUAGUGAGAAAAGUCAUCGAACGACCAACAGGCAUGAAUUUUGCUGCUAAGUUUAUCAAAACGAUGAAAGCGAAAGACCGCGAACAAGUCCGCGAAGAAAUUAAAAUUAUGAACGCAUUAAGGCAUCCUAAGCUUCUGCUACUGACUGCUGCUUACGAAAAACCUCGUGAAACUGUGCUAAUCACAGAAUAUAUUUCAGGUGGAGAAUUGUUCGAAAGAGUAGUAGCCGACGACUUUACCCUAACCGAAAGGGAUAGCAUUCUUUUUAUGAGGCAAAUUUGUCAGGGAGUGGAAUAUAUGCACCAAAAUAAAAUCGUACAUCUAGAUUUGAAACCGGAAAAUAUAAUGUGUCGUACGCGAACUUCUCAUCAGAUUAAAUUAAUUGAUUUUGGAUUGGCACAGACUUUAAAAUCUGAUACACCGAUCAGAGUACUUUUUGGCACACCAGAAUUUAUUUCACCAGAAAUUAUAAGUUACGAACCCAUCGGUACUGAAUCAGAUAUGUGGAGUGUUGGUGUAAUUUGUUACGUUCUAUUGACCGGUUUGUCGCCUUUCAUGGGAGACAAUGAUGCCGAGACUUUUGCUAACAUCACACGAGCGGAUUAUGAUUUGGACGACGAUGCUUUCGAUGCUAUUUCAAAUGACGCAAAGAACUUUAUCAGCGGUUUAUUUAUUAAACGAAAAGAAUUACGAAUGUCAGCCACGCAGUGCUUGAAACAUCCAUGGAUGGCACAACAUACUACGGCUAUGAGCAGAAUAGUCUUGCCGACAGAAAAACUAAAGAAAUUUAUCAUACGGAGAAAGUGGCAGAAAACAGGAAAUGUCAUUCGCGCAUUAGGAAGAAUGGCAAUUCUUUCGGCACAAAAUAGACGUAGUCCCACAGCAGAGUCGGCACUUACACUUGAACAACGAUUCGAUAACAUCGAAACACAAUACUCUGAUGAAAUUAAAUCAAUCCAUACUGCUGUUAAUAAUAAAGGUACGGAACGUAUUGAAACAAGCAUGAAAGAGAACUCUGCCCAAGCGGAAUCACAGACAAAAUUGUAUUCCACGUGUGUGACGGAAAUAAAUAUGGCAAUACAAGAAACAUUGCUGGAGGAAGCAAGCAGCUUAAGUAAUUUUCCAAAACAGGUUAACACUGAAAAAGACAUUCAGAAAUUAGAUACCAAAUUAAUAACAAGAGCGGAAGACAUUUUACAAAACGUCACGGCGCAACUAAAAAUUUUAGUAAAAGAAAAUAAGGAAAGCGACAAAGGAGUAACCGAUAAACUUUCUGACAAUGAGAUGGAACAACAAAUGACUUUAAAAUUGCAGACAUUGUGUAAAGUGUUUCAAGGCGAUUCGCGCGAUUCUGGAAUAAGUGAUUGCAGUUCAAACCUAAGUUCUUCAUUGCAAGUAGAUGAACUUGGAAUAAUGUCAACUAUCAAAGAAGAAAUAGAUUACGAGAUUUACAACCGAGAAGGUAAACGAAUAUUGAAAGAAGAAGAAAAUCAACGAAAUUCAACGGCCGAAAUCUUGGAAAGUUUAGUACAGGGCAACAAAACUCUUCCUUGCGAUACGGAAAUUACUGCGAACUAUGACAAGGUAGCUACAAAGAGUGACAUGACUAAAGCUUCGUGUGAAACUAAUCCUGUGCAGAAAGGUGUGUGUAAAUGUAAUUAAUUUUAAAUUAUAUAAUAAUUCUUUGAUAACAA